AUGGCAAGAAACCGCAAUGCUAACCGCAACCAAGAAGAGCUGGAACAACUGGCACUCGAACGGAUGGACAAUUUAAUCGAAAGUUUCCAGAAAAAGAAGCCCCCAACUUACAAUGGAACGGGGAAGCCUGAUGAUGCUGAAGAAUGGAUACGCGGGAUUGAAAAAGUCUUCGGACGCAUGCGCUACAGUACACAUGAGAAGGUGGUCUGUGCCACCUACCAGCUCGAGGGAGAAGCAGAUCUAUGGUGGGAAUCCGUGCGACGCACCCUCACCAAUGAGGCAUUUGAGGCCAUGACAUGGGAUGAGUUCAAAGAAGCAUACCUCACAAAGUAUAUCCCACUGAGCUUUCGACACAAAAGGGAGAACGAAUUUUGGAAUCUGCGUCAAGGAAAUCGCUCCGUUGAGGAGUAUGAUCGUGCAUUCAAUCAGCUAGCGCGUUAUGCACCAGCCCACGUUGACACAGACGCCAAAAGGGCAGAACGGUUUAGACAAGGGUUACGCCCUGAGAUAGGUGUACCCCUGUCCACACACGAUACGCUCACUUAUGCAUAG